AACUUUAUAAAUAAAAUUUGAAUGAUGGUUAUAUCCUUAUUUAUAUUUUAUCGGAAAAUAUUAGAAACUUACCUGAGUAUAUUAGUAAAUUCAUUUUUCAACGAGGUAUUAUUUAUUUUAUUCAAUGCUAAGUGUACGUUGGAACAACGGAACGUUCCUCAUCCAGGACUUGGUUUUUACCAUUCAUUUCCGGUGACCAGUCUUCCUUUGAGAUUGAAGAUUCUCGAUUUUGAAGAAUCUCAACGUGUCGCUUGACGGCUUGACUAAAAAUGCCGCGAGAAAUCAAAGAAAUCAAAGACUUCCUUUUGAAGGCCAGGAGGAAAGAUGCUAAAUCCAUCAAGAUCAAGAAGAACAAGGAAAUCGUGAAGAACAACAAGACGAUUCCAGCUAGCACAAAGUUCAAGGUGCGCUGCUCGAGGUAUCUGUACACCCUUGUAAUCACAGACAACGAAAAGGCAGAGAAACUGAAGCAGUCAUUACCACCUGGUCUCCAGGUUAAGGAAGUCAAGUAAUUUGUAAUGUAUUAAUAAAUUGUUUUUAUUUAAAGACUCA